AUGCAGUUAAUAGGGGAACGGGGUGUUAAUUCUUUAAACGACCAGCCGGAUCGUUACAAGAUGGUUGCUAUGUUUUUAUUGGUGGUCGGACAUGAUCAAAUGAUUCAAGAACGAGUCCAACACUCUGGAGAGACUGUUAGCAUACAUUUUCAUCAUGUUUUGAUAGCAUGUUUGAAAUUGGCUAUGGAUAUUAUUAAGCCAAAAGAUCCAACCUUUACUGAUAUUAAUCCUAAAAUAAGAGAAGAUGACAGGUAUUGGCCAUAUUUUAAAAAUUGCAUUGGAGCUAUAGAUGGCACACACGUGCCUUGUAUUGUUCGCUCUAAGGAACAAAUCAAAUACAUUGGUAGAAAAGGCUUCACUUCACAAAACAUAAUGGUUGUAUGUGAUUGGGACAUGUGCUUCACAUUUGUAUGGCCUGGGUGGGAAGGUACUGCACAUGAUGCUAGAAUAUUUGAUCAGGCACUUAGAAGGCAAAACCUUAACUUUCCUCGUCCUCCAUCAAGUAAAUAUUAUUUAGUUGAUUCAGGCUAUCCAACAAUGAUGGGCUAUUUAGGACCGUAUAAGGGUGAGCGACAUCAUCUCCCAGAUUUCAAGCGCAACUCUAGUUUUAGAAAUCCAAAUGAACCAUUCAAUUUUUUUCACUCCAGUCUUCCAUGUACAAUUGAAAGAACAUUUGGAGUCUCGAAAAAUAGGUUUUCUAUUUUACGCUCAAUGCCAUAUUUCAAGUUUGACACUCAGAUUCAUCUUUUUACAACUACCAUGGCUAUACAUAAUUUCAUCCGACGACGUUCUUCUACUGAUAAGGAAUUCAACUAUUAUGCUAAUGAAGACAUUACUGCAGAGAUUGAGGAAGGAGAUGGGCCUUCUGGUAUUCCUUUAGAAAUGCUAGACAAGUCUUCUACUAUUAUGGAGGCGUUGCGUGAUAGAAUUAGAGAUGAAAUUAUUGAGAAAUAUUAUCAUGUGUGA